AUGUGGACCAUAAGCGAUUUUCCAGCAUAUGGUAUGCUAUCUGGAUGGACCACUCAUGGACGAUUAUCAUGUCCGUAUUGUCAAGAUAACACAGAUGCAUUCCAAUUAAGUCACAGACGCAAGACAUGUUGGUUUGAUUGUCACCGAAGAUUUCUACCACCUGAUCACCCUUAUCGUCGUUCAAGGAAUUUGUUUACAAAGAAUAAGAAAGUGUAUGAUGAUCCACCUCCUGUUAUAGAUGGUGAGACUAUGUUGAAUCAGUUUAGAGAUUUUGGAGCAGCAAGGACUCCUGACGUCGGUGGUAAUGGACAUGAUCCUGUUGACGGUGUUGGUGUAAAUCACAAUUGCAUUGAUUUUCCAUAUUGGAAAGACCUUUUGUUAAAGCAUAAUAUUGAUGUCAUGCACACAGAGAAGAACGUCUUUGACAAUCUCAUGAACACUGUCCUAAACAUUCCAGGGAAGACAAAGGACAAUUUGAAGUCUAGAUUAGACUUGCCAUAUAUUUGCUCUAGGCCUGAGCUUGAGAUAAUGGCAAACGGGAGAUGCCCAGUUCCGAUAUAUCGGUUAAAUGCGGCUUCAAAGGCGGCUUUUUUUGACUGGAUUACCCACAGUGUGAAGUUUCCUGACGGUUACGCAUCUAACUUGCGUAAUUGCGUUGAUAUUAAAGAAGGAAAGUUUAUAGAAAUGAAGAGUCAUGAUUGUCAUGUUGUUAUGCAACGACUUCUUCUAUUUGCUUUUGCCAAUCUUCUGCCAACAAAUGUGCACGAAGCAAUUGCAGGAAUUGGUGCUUUCUUUCGGGACUUAUCCACAAGAACACUUACUGUUGACGGUAUCCGCAAUUUGGAACAAAAUAUACCCAUUCUUCUUUGCAAUCUUGAGAAGAUAUUUCCACCGUCUUUAUUUGAUGUUAUGGAACAUCUACCUAUUCAUCUACCGCGAAAAGCAGCACUUGGUGGCCCUGUUCAAUAUCGAUGGAUGUAUCCUUUUGAGCGGUACAUGUUUCACCUAAAGAAAAAAGUUCAAAAUUUAAGCAAAGUCGAGGGUUCUAUUAUGGCACAAAGCAUUCAUGAAGAAGCUUCACACUUUGCGGAAUAUUACUUUCCUUCUCAACUUCGUACAAAGAGUCGACGUCCUUCUCGUCAUGACGAUGGUGGCGAGCAACCAACAUAUUCCGUAUACGUUCCAAGCUUGUUUACUCAAAUCGGCCGCCUUAGUGGAAAAGGGAAAAAUUUUAAACUUUCAUCGCAGGGGUAUACUCACUUGCACAUGUAUAUUCUCACCAACUGUGAGGAUAUUCUUGAUUAUGAGAGGAUUUACAUGGCUGUAAUACGCUCCUACUAUCCGGAAUAUACCGAGGAUCAACUUGAGGAGCUUAAAGAGAAGGAUUUCGCUUCUUGGUUUCAAUAUUAUGUAUCAGAUGGAGUUUCAAAAGGUCAAUCAUUUCCAACAUGGUUAGUAGAGAUCUCUAAUGGACCAAACUACAUUGCAACGGCAUACCCGAGGUAUUGCACGAGAGGGUAUGCUUUUAGGAUUCAUGAUGAUGGAGAUAGGAGGACAACAAUUAAUUCUGGUAUUUCCGUUAAAGCCGACGAUGUUGUGUGCAUUGCAUUUGUGUGUGACUGGUACGAUCCCACAAUUGGUGAUAGCGUACGAGUUGACCAAUUUGGUGUUACAUCAAUAAAUUCAGUACGAAGGUUAUUGAAAUAUGAUCCAUUUAUUAUUGCAUCACAAGCUGACCAGAUCACUGUUACGUCGGUAAACCCAAGAGGUCAAAUAUAUGGAGUUGCAGCUCACGAUCCUUUGCAGGCAAGCGAAAGUUGUCAGAUGGCUUCGGUUGAACAUUCCCUUGAAGUUGAUCUUGUGGUUGACUUUACCAUGUUCGGAAAUGAAGUAGUGCAUUCAGAGUCAGAGGAAGAAAUUGGAGAAUUUGAUGAUGAUACAGACUCAAUUUCUUUUGAUUAUUCAACAGAAUCAGAGUAG